CAAUAUUUGAGUUUUUUGUUUAUUAUAAAAUAACACUAUGAUUAUAGAGACAGUAGAAGAAGUCCGUGAGCGUAACUACAAUUCGAUUAAGGUGUUGUUUGGGGUAUCCUUUGCGUUGGGUGUUAAUUUGACUGCGCCCAGCAAAUUCAAAGAUUCAUUGAAAAUCAUCAAUGUGAUUUUGGUAGUGAGCAGUACUCUAUCCUUGUAUGCCCAUUGGUGCUACCUAGUGAGGCAUUUUGACAGCAUUCCACUUAUAGCUGAGACUGUUUGUACGGCGUUGCAAACCCUCAUCUCCACUUUUAAAAUGGUCUAUUACCUAUUCACACAACGUACUUUCUAUCGCUUAGUGGACCAGGCUCUAACACAUGAACUCAUACGCAAAAUAGAAAUAUUUCAAUACGAUUUUCCUAUAAACAACCAAUUGCAGCAAGAGAUCGAUGAUAUUAUGAAAGGCGUUUGGCGCAACACUCGCUGGCAGUUAUUAUUUUACUUUAGCACUUGCGUAGCCAUUCUGUGUAACUACUUUUUUGGUGCCUUAUUCGUAAAUCUUUACCAUCAGCUAAAACAAACACCCAAUUACGUAGCGGUGAGUUUCGAUGGCGUCUUUCUAGUUCUAUGCCAGCAUGCCGUCGGAUUGCUAAAGGUUUUCAACUUACUGGUACUAAGAGCCACCUCGCCGCUGAUACCUGCUCACAGGCGUAUUGAAUAUCUGCGUUAUACCAUCUUCACAUACCAGCGAAUAGCUAAGUAUGUGGAUCAAAUUCAAGCCAUUUUCAGACAUAUCAGCUUGUCGCAAUUCGUACUCAGUUUGAUAGUAUUUGGGUUUGUUCUAUUCGAGAUGAGUUUUGGACUAGAAUCCAGUGUAACAAUUUUCAUAAGAAUGAUUAUGUAUAUAAUGGCAGCGGGAACACAAAUCGUGCUGUAUUGUUACAAUGGCCAGCAGCUAACGAUUGCGAGCGAGGAAAUUCCAAUAUCAUUCUACAGCUGUAAUUGGUAUGAAGAAACAGAAAAGUUUAAACAACUUGUACGAAUGAUGAUUAUGCGAACUAAUCGACAUUUUUUUUUGGAAGUCUCAUGGUUUACUUUUAUGAAUUUGGCCACUUUGAUUGCUUUAUUCAGAAUGAGUGGUUCAUACUUUUUGUUGUUGCGCAACCUUCAAGAAAAUUAAAAAAUAAGACUAAUAAAAUAUCAAAUGAUAAUUAAUGAAAACUAAUAUUUAUUUAUUAUAUUUAAUGAAUAUGAAAAUAUCUAAUAUUUAAUGAAAACUUAAAUAAUAAAAUAAGAAUGAAAAUUAAACUUCAUAUACAUUCAUAUAUAAUGUAAAGAAGAAUUUAAUUGCCCAUUUUCGACAAGAUCGUAAUUUCAGUUAGAGUUUCUGUUAUGCAUACCAUAUUUCAGAAAUAUCCAGCUGCCUACCUGAGUCUAAAUCCC